GUUUUGUCAUCUUCCCUGUUGAAGCCCCCUGACUCUCCCUGGGGGCCUGCCAGGGGGCCGGGGCACCCACUUUAUGAAAACACUAAACUAGUUUCUGAAAAUAAGGUAGGUAGGAAAACAGAAAGCCACACAUUUUCUGAAAUUCUUCCUGGAGUUUAAGCUCCGCCCCCUCUGUUGUCACAUGACCUCAGUCACGUGAGUGGACGGGCGAAAAACGGAAGCUGUUCUGCAGCGAGGUGUCAGAAGUUUUGGGAAGUGAGUCUGUCGCUGAAAUGAUUUGAAACAAGUGACUUGUAAAAUCACAGGUGAGUCAAUGAACGAUGAGCAAAAUGAGACUUAAGACAGAAUGUGACGAUUUAUUUAAUUUUCUUUCAUUUCUCUAACUUUCAUUACGAAUUAUUUUGGUAAUGUAUUAUACCGUAAAAGAUUAUUACAGAAGACAUACAUAGAUUAUUAACUUAUGUGUGUGUUUUUUUUUGUUUGCACACAUAAUAGAAAGACUAAUAAUGAUAAUAUAUGUAUAUGUUUGUUUAUAUGAGUAAUUUAGUUUGAGUUUGUAGUUAUAUGUAGAGAGAAAUCUGGAAGUUCAGGUACAGGUGUGUGUAAAAUAACACCUGUCAGAUGAUCAUCAUAUGACUGUCAACUGUGACUCACCUGAACAUCCUGAUGCAGACAGUCUGAGUUAACUGCUUAGAGAAAGUUUAUUAUUCAUUCAUUUUUAAAAAGAAUGUAGACAAAGAGCCUGGUUGCUUUGAAGACAGAAACAGAAGUGCUGACUCAUGCGUACAGCACUUUUGUUGUGUUUUCCAGAAUGCUGUCCAUGUCAGCAGGAAAACCAAAGCAGAGUCGAUGACAUUUAGCUAACAGAAGGAAUCUUUAUCAUUGUGUGUAAGUUAGUGUCUUUUAUCCUGCAGGUAUACUCCUCAUGCAUGCAUUUGAAAAUAAACUGAGAUGUAUUUGUUCAAUCCUCUAAAGUUUUGUGAGAUGGAUCAGCCUCUGGAUGGAAGAGGGUCUUUGCGGGGCUGCUGGUCCUACAGCACCCUGCAGGCCUGGCUGCCCAUCCUCUCCUGGUUACCUAAAUACAAGAUAAGGUAUCUGAAGAUGGACCUCCUGGCGGGCCUCACUGUAGGACUGACCACUGUCCCACAGGCGCUGGCUUACGCUGAAGUCGCUGGUCUUCCUGUGCAAUUCGGCCUCUACUCUGCCUUUAUGGGGGGGUUCAUCUACACCCUCCUGGGCACAUCCAAGGAUGUGACCCUGGGUCCGACGGCCAUCAUGUCCCUCCUGUGUUUCUCUGUGGUGGGGGGACAGCCUCACCGAGCCAUCCUGCUCAGCCUCCUCUGUGGAAUCAUCCAGGCUGCGAUGGCCUUACUCAGAUUAGGUUUCCUGCUGGACUUCAUCUCUUACCCUGUAAUCAAAGGCUUCACUUGUGCUGCUGCUGUAACCAUCGGCUUUGGACAGGUCAAAAAUAUUCUGGGGAUCCGGGGUGUUCCCCAGCACUUCUUCCUGGAGGUUUAUUACACAUUCUACAAGAUCCCAGAAGCCAGAGUGGGCGACGUGGUCCUGGGUCUGGUUUGUCUCAGUCUGCUGAUCAUAUUCAUGUGUAUGAAGUCACCUCCAGCUUCUGCCAACACCUCCACAUUCUCAAGCUUUGCCAGGAAACUAGUGUGGGCUGUUGCCACAAUGCGCAAUGCUUUGGUGGUCAUCGCUGCAACGCUUGUUGCAUAUUCCUGGGACGCCUAUGGUUAUCAUGUGUUCACCAUCACCGGGCACACUUCCCAGGGACUCCCACCGUUCAGACCCCCGCCCACCUCAGACACAACACCUAAUGGAACUGUCGUCUCUUUCGGAGAGAUUGUUGAAGGCUUUGGAGGAGGGCUGGCUGUGAUUCCUCUCAUGGGUCUGCUGGAGAGCAUUGCUAUUGCGAAAGCUUUUGCCAGUCAGAACAAUUAUAGGAUCAAUGCUAACCAGGAGCUGCUGGCCAUCGGUGUGACAAACAUCAUGGGCUCCUUUGUGUCGGCAUAUCCCGUCACUGGCAGUUUUGGAAGGACUGCAGUGAACUCUCAGACAGGGGUUUGCACUCCGGCUGGUGGUAUUGUCACCAGUGUGAUUGUGUUGCUGUCCUUGGCGUUCCUCAUGCCAGCUUUUUACUACAUCCCCAAAGCUUCCCUCGCAGCCGUCAUAAUCUGUGCCGUAGCUCCCAUGGUGGAUUACAGAGUCGUGGCAAAGAUAUGGAGGAUACACAAACUGGACCUGCUGCCUUUCCUUCUGACGUUCCUGCUGAGUUUCUGGGAGGUGCAGUACGGCAUCAUAGGAGGCGUAGCCAUUUCUGGAGCUCUGCUGCUGCACAGCACGGCCAGACCCAAAAUAAAGGUGUCUGAUCAUGGUGUGGUGGUGAUGGAGGUCAGCAGUGGCCUCAGCUUUCCUGCAGUAGAGCAUCUCAGUCACAUCAUGCACAGUCAGGCCCUGCAGGUGCUUCCUCCACGGUCAGUGGUGCUCGACUGGCAUCAUGUGAGCACCAUAGAUUACACAGUGAUCAGUGAGCUGAGGGACCUGCUGAGGCAGUUCGAACUGCGAAAAGUCACACUAACAUUUGCAGGAGUGCAGAACUCCGUACUGAAGGUUCUUCUAGCAGCUGAUCUGCAGGGCUUCAGGUACACAGACAGCGUGGACGAGGCGCUGCAGAUGGAGUCAGUGGAUCUUCUCAGCGACUGAAGUGCAAACUGCUGCAUCACAGUCUGCGGAGAUGUUCGAGGCUGCACAGAAGCCUGAGCAGUGGUGCCUUAACUUGUUAGGUCUUUGAAAUGUUAAAAACUGCCUUAAGAGGGCAUUUUUGUUUCUACAGAGAAAGAUUUUCUCUGAUUCUGAAGCAGCAAGUUGCACUUAACAUUUAACAUUACAUUCCUACUGCACAACACCAGCAAAGUUUACAUUUUAUUGUUGCAUAUUGUGGUCUUUUUCACUGUGUUUAAGUGUUUUAGUAAAAAAAACUGUUUGGACCAAGUCUGAUGAAUUGGAAGGUAAAUGAAAGUUGAGUGAAGCCUCCACAAAUCCUAACUUUUCAUUUUUGUUAUUUUAUAUUAUUUAUUCAUUUUUCUUGUUUUUGUAUUGCUAAAGAAAUGUGGGCAUUACCAUAUAUGUACAGAGGGUAUUCUGAAUAAAAAUAACAUUUAUCUAAAUGCA